AUGGGAUGGAGACAAGGGAAAAGAUGGUGGAAAUGGUUCAAGGCUUUGCAGCACACCCAAUUUACAGAGGCACCAUCUGCCCCUUGGCAAUUGGACAUUUCUGAAGGUAAGGUGUCAUACUUCACCCACACACAUUCCACUGUUCACAAACAAUCUCACCCCCUGGAUAAGAGUGGAGCAAUCCAGCUCAUCCCCACCUCAGUCGAUCUUCCCAGCACAUCUAACAAGUUUAUUCAUCUGCCCUGGAGGAUCCUAUUCCUUGAAGUUGCCACGACCAAGGAGAACCCUCAAAGAUGAAGUCCUACCUCAUAGUCCUCCUCGGCGUGCUGCUUCUCUGCACAAACCAAGUUCAUCUGCUGGUGUGCUUCACGUGUGAAAAAAAGACCAGCAACUGGUCUUGCCUGAAGCCCUCCAAGUGCUCAGAGAAUGACAAGCACUGUGUGACCACCGUUGCCUCUUUUGGAGUCGGCUUGCUGUCCUUCAAGAAGAAAAUCACCAAGAAAUGCUCUCCAACCUGCCUGGAAGCGGACAUGGAUCUGGGCAUGGCCUCCUAUGGGACAUCCUGCUGCCAGAGUUUCCUAUGCAAUAUUUUUGGACACGUAGCACCUAAAACAACAACCCAGUGAGGGACACUGUGGGCCUGAGUUCAGACUGAGCCUCUCAUGGUGGCAGUUGGAGAGGGUGACUUAGCCUAGGGCUACCAGCUCGCGAAGCGGGACCCGCAAUUUUCUAACUUGCCUCUUCAGAGCCUCAAAGAUAAGGAUUAAAACAGUGUUGGGGAACCUCAGACCUGGAGGCCAAAGGUGGCCCUCCGAUCUUCUCUGUCUGGCCCUCAGAACCUUCCCCAUGCCAUGCCCCCUCUCUCCAGGCCACACCCCUCACCGGCCUUGCUCCACCCCCCUCCUUGGGUGUUUCUGCCUGGCUGCAAUGUGUCCUUGACCUCCGAUAAUGCCUUCUUGCUUGUCUGGUGGAGGAUGCAAAGGGAUGUGCAUGUGUAGAAACUAGCCUCCUGUACAAAUAUAACCAUUACCAUUUCCUGCUCUGCCCACUUUUGCCUCUGGGCCCCCACUCCCCACUGAUAUGUGGCCCUUGGAAGCUUGUCCAGAAGGGAAUGCGGCCCCCAGGCUGAACAAGGUUCCCAUCCCUAGAUUAAAAUGUUCUGGUGAAGGGAUGGCACCAAAGGGCUGCAGACUCUAUUCUCCUUGGUGUAGGAAUUCUUCUGCAAUUAGCUCCACCCCCAUGACCAUCAGGCUCCACCUUGAGGUCUUGGGCACAGCCAGGUGCCUUCCCUCUUGCUCACCUGGCCUCAUCCCCUGGUCUGUGAAGCACCACCCCGUUCCACUCAGGCUCAGCUCACCCACGCUACAGAGGAGCAGAAGGAGCACCCUUGCUCCACCAUCCAGCUCAAUGACUGGCAGCAGCUCCCCAGGCUUUCAGGUAAGGAGCCUCUCCCAGCCCUACCUGGAGAUGCUGGGGAAUGAACCUUGGACUUCUGUGUGAAAAGCAGAUGUUCCGCCACUGAACUUCAGCCCUUCCUUAACAAGCAUGAAGAACUGACGAGAGUUCAGAGGCUUGAUGUGCAACACGCCAAGGACACUCACUGUGCAAGAAGCCCAUGUUUGAAAUGAGUUCGCUUCAUGUCUGGAGCUUGCACAGAACCUCCAGGCGGACUGUGUUCCUUAUCAGGAACAGACGUUAUACCACCCUGUCUCUUACUUGCAAGAUCUUCUCAUAGUCAUUCCUUUUUUCCUUGUCUCGUGGUGUGCUUGUUAAGGGGGUGUACUGCCAAACGUUAUCUACUCUAGUAUAAGCUCUCUUGGAGUACCCAUGCAUGGGUAUUUUGACACAACUUCUGGCCAACCAUUCCUUUGUUAGGCAGAAUAUGGAUUCAUAGUCAAGGAUGGUCAGUUGAUGUUUCCUCACUGAGAUAAUUAAUAGUUCCUAGAAACUGAGGUUAUCAUACUUUGGACACAUAAUGAGAAGACAUGAUUCACUAGAAAAGACAGAAAUGCUUGGAGAAACAGAAGGGAGUAGAAAAAGAGGAAGGUCACAAAAGAGAUGGAUUGAUUCCAUAAAGGAAGUCACAGACCUGAACUUACAAGAUCUGAACAGGGUGGUAGAUGACAGAUGCUAUUGGAGGUCACUGAUUCAUAGGGUCACCAUAAGGCGAAAUGGACGAAGGCACACACCACACACAAAUAGGAGAUGGUCUCCUGAUAGCUGGAAAUCUCUUUGUGUUUCUGAAGGAGAUACCCAUCUCAGCUCAGAGAAUUCUUUGGAACAGAGAAAGGCAGAGAGGAGAGAGAGAACACAUAUAGACAGUUACUUCCCAGAGCUACCUUAAACUGGGGAUGCAGCCUUGGACAGGGCUGCCAAAACUGCUCUCUGGGGCAACUUCUACCUUGUUCAAGUGCAUAUUUGCCUCCGCUGAUGCUUUGCUUGUAUAACUCUAAAUAAAGCAAAUGUUA